CACACUCGUUCCGUACACUUUGCGAAUUCUUCAUCUUGUAUCAACAUUGCUCUGCUAUUCAUUCACUCAUUACUCUGUCUAAUACCACUGACUACUACCACCAUCAUGCGUGCCUCCGUACUUCUACUUGCUGCCGCCUCUGCGGUCGUCGCCUCGGCCGAGACAGUCGAGCUGUUUGGCGCUGGGGACGCCGGUGGUGAAUUCGUUGUUUAUCCCGUUGGCUCUGAUGCAGCCGCAACCACGUAUCUUCUGGGCUGCCCCAUCAAAUCGGUGCCGACCACCGGGGAGAACUGCCUAUUCUUGGAGCCGCUGAAGUAUACCAUUGGGCCCAGCUCAGUGCAGAUGGAGUCUACUAUGGAGGAUCUCACCCUCACCCAACAGUGCGCGCUCGCAGGCACGACUCGGGCUGUUUGCACAGUUCGUUACAGUGGACCUGGCACUUUGAAUUUCGAGAGCGAUACCGACAAGACUGAGACGACAAUGACCCUUACUGGCAAAAAUGCCGAGACGCUUUGGGGCCCCGCAACUGUUGUCCACGAUAUAUCCUCCAUUUACAAUGGUGCUGCCACAAGCACUGAUGGUUCGAGCCCCCCUGCCACGACCGGACCAGGUGUCACCUCUGCGCCAACCAGCACACCUACUGGCACUGCUGGGACUGGCACCACUGGGACCGAUUCUAAGGCCGCCGAGACAUCCGUCCAGACAUCUGCAUCCACGGGUGGGAUGCCUCAGAUUACCGGUUGCGCUGGAUGGGCUGUCGGCGGUGUGGCUGCUGCUGCCGUUGCCCUCGCUGCGUUGUAGAUGACACUCGGUGAUUGGAGAAUUGCCCUUCAGCUUGACGAGGACGCGGGCCAGGACGAACGUCGGAGGCCCAAGAACCGGCGUGAGAUGAAUGCGCUGCUGUGAGAAACAUCAUCUGUAAUUAAAUAUUGACAACUGCAUGGUUCUUUUGAUCAGAUUCUUUCUUUGAUUGCUCACUAGAUAUUGACUCCAGUCAAUCUGGUGUAGAUUGUACAGUACGAUACAGGACUUGCAUAAAGUUGGGCAUCAUACGGCGUAUUCAUAAGAGAAAGGCGGAUUCAUUGAUGUAGUUAACAUGAGCGCAACAAAUAAAUAAAUAAGCCAACUAAUAGGACAACUGAUGCACAGUAAGAGGAUAUGUCCUCGUGCCGCCCAAAUGUCCGAAGAGGGCCGUCCAUAUUAGCUGCGAAUUGAUCUCACCCAUUCGAAAUGAUACAAUCCAUCUCUUUGGUUCUAUUUCUGAG